AUGCCAUAUCCUAAUGAUCUUAUCAUAGAAGACGGGCAAAACAAAAUGAUAAUGGACGAGCUUUCCUAUGACCGAGGGAAGUUAGAAGAGGAGUUCCAGCGACUGUUUCAAGGAUUAACAACUGAGCAACGUGGAAUUUACAAUGAAAUUAUGUCAGCUGUAUCACGAGGAAAAGGAGGGGUGUUCUUUGUAUAUGGAUACGGAGGAACAGCUCUAGAUAGGAGUUUAAAGGAUGUUAUGCAGUUUGUGAAUCCUGCAAAUCAAGAUAUCACAUUUGGUGGCAAGGUUGUAGUUUUUGCUGGUGAUUUAAGAAAAAUAUUACCCGUGGUGCCUAAAGGAAGCAGACAAGACAUUGUCUUCUCAGCAAUAAAUAGUUCUUACUUAUGGGACUUUUGCCGAGUACUUAGGCUGACAAAGAACAUGCGCCUUACAACAGGUUCAAAUGGGGGACAUGACCCUAUUGCGACAAUAGUAGAAAGCACAUAUCCUGACAUAGCGGAUCACAUUUGGGAACCAAGUUAUUUUCAAGAAAGAGCUAUUCUUGCUCCAACCAAUGAAAUUGCUGAGACGGUUAACGAUCACGUGUUAUCUCAAUUGCCAGGUGAAGAAAGAACUUACUUGAGUUCAGAUGCAAUUUCAGUGGAGGAAGGAAAUUUUGGAAUUCAUGAGAUGUAUUCAACAGAGUUCCUAAAUACAAUUAAAUGCGGAGGAUUACCAAACCAUAGUAUACGACUGAAGGUUGGAGCACCAGUGAUGCUCCUAAGGAAUAUUGAUCAAAGUUCUGGGCUAUGUAAUGGCACAAGAUUGGUCGUUAAGCACUUAGGCGAUCGCAUUAUAGAGGCUAUUGUGGUAUCUGGUAGUAAUUUGGGCAAUAAGGUCUUCAUUCCACGAAUGACGCUGACUUCGUCAGACUCAACAAAAUUUCCCAUCAAGUUCCAACGGAGACAAUUCCCUUUGGUUGUGUGCUUAAUGACAAUCAAUAAAAGUCAAGGACAAUCACUUUCGCAUGUUGGCCUAUAUCUUCCUCGGUCUGUUUUCAGCUACAGACAAUUUUAUGUGGCCGUAUCAAGAGUUACUAGCAAGAAGGGUUUGAAAAUUUUAAUAGUUGAUAAAGAACGUGGAACAUCAAAUGUUACCACGAACGUAGUGUACAAAGAAGUAUUUCAGAAUGUUGGUUAA